GUGAGUCUUGACGUUUUUACGGGAGCUCUGAACUGGACCUGGCGGUUUCUCCUGUACAUCCCACUCCCGGCCGGACGGCGCGCCAGCCUAGUCAUGAACGCCUCUCCCAGCUCCUGGCUGCCGAGCAGAGAGCUGUUCACGGACAGCCCGGAGAACUCCAGCGAGUGGCCGUGGACGGACGGACCGACACAAGAGUCCUGUUCCGACGAUGAGUCUGUCGACCCUAUCGGCUACCAUGCCUACCUUGCAGUCGCGAUCUAUCUCACCCUUCUUGGGAUAGUAGCAGUUGGUGGAAAUGUCAUGGCCAUCAUCGUAUUCGUGACAGAAAAAGAGUUCCGUAAGAAAGAGCACAACAGUCUUCUUCUGAACAUGGCCUUAGCUGACUUAGGCGUCAGCAUCUUCGGGUAUCCCGCCUCCACUGUGUCAGGGUACGCAGGAAGAUGGGUGCUGGGAGAAGUGUGGUGUGUGAUAUAUGCGUUUGUCUGCUACACCUUCUCCAUGGUCACCAUGAACACCCUGUGUGCCAUCAGCAUCUAUCGCUACAUCGUCAUGUGUACGCCACAGUAUGCCCAUCUGCUGACCCACCGCAGGACCAUGUAUGUGAUCCUGGUGACCUGGCUGUACGCGCUGGUGUUCACGGUGCCUCCACUGGUCGGAGUCAACUACUACACCUUCGAACCGAUCCGAAUCAUCUGCUCCUUGAACUGGAACGUGCGGUAUCCCGGAGAGAUGGCCUACACCGUACUGACCAUCUUCUUCGGCUAUGUCGUCUAUGUCGUUAUCAUGGGGUACUGCUACUGCAAGAUCUACUUCAAGUCGAAGAAUCUCAAGUUUGGCGCCCUGGCCAGUGACAAGGCCAAGAAGGCUGUGAAGAAGGAUAUCCUAAAGGCUUCAUUGAUGUGCAUGACUAUGGUGGUGUCCUUCCUCAUCGCCUGGACCCCGUACGCCGUGUCCUCUACCUGGGACAUCCUGACUGAGGAAGAUCUACCGAUCAUCGCCACCAUCCUGCCCAGCCUGUUCGCCAAGUCGUCCUGCAUGAUGAACCCCAUCAUCUACACCUGCUGUAACGGCAAAUACCGACAGGCGGCGCUCAAGUCCUUCCGCAGGCUUGGUUGCUUCAACAAGCAGGUGAAUCCGUUGAAUACGGAACAGCCACAGGCUGUCCGCCGGAGAAGGUGCUCUGCAGUAGGGCCUGCUGAUCAGGGCAUGGCCAUGAACGCCAUUCCACCUAGCAGGGCCACGAACGACAGGCAGUCGAGUUCUUGUUAGAAGUGUAGCAGUGGCCAUUCUUAUACAU